GUUUUCUGGUGGGUGUGUUCUUUCGCGGUGUUCAGUGCGACGUUUCAGUAAAGUUCUAAGAUGGCGACGGUGCAUCUGAGAAUCGGGGACCUAGUUUGGGGAAAGCUCGGGCGCUAUCCUCCGUGGCCAGGCAAGGUCGUCAGUCCUCCAAAGGACCUGAAAAAGCCAAGAGGGAAAAAAUGCCAUUUUGUCAAAUUCUUUGGAACUGAAGACCAUGCCUGGAUAAAGGUGGAGCAGCUGAAGCCAUACCACCCCCACAAAGAGGAGAUGAUCAAGAUCAACAAGGGCAAGCGUUUCCAACAAGCUGUGGAUGCAGUGGAAGACUUCCUGAAGAAGAAAGAGAAACAGGGGGGGAAAGAACAGAGCUCUGAGGGGAAAGGAGACUCUAAAGGAAAGAAGACACCAACUAAACCUUUGAAGAUCCUAGAGGAAGAUGAUGAAGACCUCAGUGCCCUGAAAGACCCCUCUGAGAAGGACCUAACUGACUCUGACCCAGAGCCGUCCAGUGUUGAGCGACUAGGGGGCCUGGGAACUACUGGACCUGUCUCAGGAUUCAAAUGGGAGAGCAGUCCAGUACGGGAUGAUCCCCAUUUCCACCACUUUCUGCUCAGCCAGACUGAGAAGCCUGCCUCGUCUAUGGAGCCGAUCAGUAAACGCCUGAAGAUCGUUGAGGAGGACACGAGGUCAACGUCUAUCCAAGCUGCAGACAGCACUGCCAUCAAUGGCAGUAUUACACCUACAGACAAACGGAUAGGGUUCCUGGGGCUGGGGCUUAUGGGUAGCGGAAUCGUGUCCAACCUGUUAAAGAUGGGCCACGUCGUCACGGUGUGGAAUCGCACAGUAGAAAAGGUACCACAAGACAACCAACAUUGUGACCUGUUCAUCCAGGAGGGGGCCAGGUUAGGGCGGACCCCAGCGGAGGUGGUCUCCAUGUGUGACAUCACCUUCUCCUGCGUCUCAGACCCCAAGGCUGCCAGGGAUUUGGUGCUGGGUCCCAGUGGAGUGCUCCAGGGCAUCAGGCCAGGGAAAUGUUACGUAGAGAUGUCUACCGUGGAUCCAGAGACCAUCACAGAGCUCUCGCAGGUGAUAUCGUCGCGGGGCGGCCGCUUCCUGGAGGCUCCUGUGGCUGGGAGCCAGCAGGUAUCUAACGAGGGCAUGCUGGUCAUCCUAGCGGCCGGAGACAGGACGGUCUAUGAAGACUGCAGCUCCUGUUUCCAGGCCAUGGGCAAGACCUCAUUCUUCCUAGGUGAGGUGGGUAACGCAGCGAGGAUGAUGCUGAUCCUCAACAUGGUACAGGGAAGCUUCAUGGCAACCAUCGCCGAGGGGCUGACCCUAGCCCAGGCCACAGGCCAAUCACAGCAUACCUUCCUGGACAUCCUGUCUCAGGGUCAGAUGGCCAGCACCUUCGUGGACCAAAAAUGCCAGAAUAUCCUACAGGGCAACUUCAAACCAGACUACUAUUUGAAACACAUUCAGAAGGAUCUGAGGCUAGCCAUCUCCAUGGGAGACACAGCCAAUCACCCGACUCCUAUGGCUGCAGCAGCCAAUGAGGUCUACAAGAGGGCUAAAGCACUGGACCAGUCAGACAACGACAUGUCAGCUGUCUACAGAGCCUACAUUCACUAAACCUCCUGAAGAGCCUCUCCCCCUGACCUGUCCUCUUCUCCUGACCUGUCCUCCUCCCCUCGACCUGUCCUCUCCUCUGGACCUGUCCUCUCCCUCCCCCCUACCCCUCCCCCUGUCCUGUCCUCUCCCCCUGACCUGUCCUCUCCCCCCUCCUCUCCCUCCCCCCUACCCCGGCCCCUCCCCCUGACCUGUCCUCUCCCCCUGACCUGUCCUCUCCCCCUGUCCUCUCCCCCUCCUCUCCUCUGGACCUGUCCUCUCCCCCUGUCCUCUCCUCUGGACCUGUCCUCUCACCCUGUCCUCUCCUCUGGACCUGUCCUCUCCCCCCUCCUCUCCCUCCCCCCUACCCCGGCCCCUCCCCCUGACCUGUCCUCUCCCCCUGUCCUCUCCCCCUGUCCUCUCCCCCUCCCCUCCUCUGGACCUGUCCUCUCCCCCUAACCUGUCCUCUCCCCCUGUCCUCUCCCCCUCCUCUCCUCUGGACCUGUCCUCUCCCCCUGUCCUCUCCCCCUCCUCUCCUCUGGACCUGUCCUCUCCCCCUGUCCUCUCCCCCUCCUGUCCUCUCCCCCUGUCCUCUCCCCCUCCUGUCCUCUCCCCCUCCUGUCCUCUCCCCCUCCUGUCCUCUCACCCUGUCCUCUCCCCCUGUCCUCUCCCCCUGUCCUCUCACCCUGUCCUCUCCCCCUGUCCUCUCCCCCUGUCCUCUCCCCCUGUCCUCUCCCCCUCCUCUCCUCUGGACCACACUUAUCUUUUUAUACAUUUGUAUUCCUGUUUGAUUCAUUAUUUUUGCCUGGUGGCACCAGAGAUAUUGGUGUACUUCCCAAAUGCCAUCCUAUUCCCUACAUAGUACACUACUUUUGACCAGGGGCCACGAUUUCCUCGUGAAUGAAGCUGAAUACCCAACUCUGCCGAAUCAGGGCACAUAAGGGCUCAGGUCAGAAGUAGUGCACUACACGGGGAAUAGUAUGUCAUCUGGGAGGCAGCUAUUCCUUCCCGGUAACGUGAUGGGAACCUCUAACUAGUCCACCUGGAACAUUGCACUGACUGAGGGUUGUAAUAAUGCUAGAAGAAUGGUCCACAGAAGGUAGCUUCCCCCCCCCCCCCCCCCACAUCUUUGCGUUAUGUUGUCGAUGGUGUUGGUCAAGUUUCUGAUGGUGAAGUACUGCAGGGUGUUGGGAACAGAUUUUGGGAUGCGUCUCCAUUGCUGUUCACUAGUGAUUUGCAACGCGACACAUUGCCUGUUUGCUGUCGGGUGGGUUUUGAAGCUGAACGGGGCCAUGGAUUAAUUUAUCACAUCUCUCUUUACAUUUUAUUUAAUUCUAUGUGUGAAAAUGUCGUCUUUUAAUUAGAAUGUCCAGAAUUUCAUCAAAACGUAUAAAGCUGUUAUGAUCUUUUAAAAGGAGGGUAGAGGCUUGAUAAGCACCCAGAGGAAUAAUGCCACUGCAUUGCCUUAACAUUGGAUCCAUCUGAAAUCUUCUGACAUGUAUUUAUUUAUUUUUAGACGCUCUAGAGCUCCUCUCUUCUACUUCUCUUUUGGUGCAGUUUGGCCUGGAGUUGUUUCCGUAGUUGUCUGAAUCGGAACAGUGUUUUUGUUUUUGUUGUGUUCUAGCCUGUUAGAGAACCUGCCCCCCCUUUUAAGGUUAUAUUAAUUAAGGUUAUUCUGAUGCCUUGUAAUACAGUAAUGACUUAAUCCUUCUUAAUCUAACUGAGAUUCAUCCCAAAUGGCACCCUACUCCCUUUAUAGUGAACUACUUUAGACCAGAACUCUGAUCAAAAGUAGUGCUCUAGAUAGGGAAUAGGAUUCCAUUUGGGAUGAAUCCCAGGACAUUAAGGUGUUUAAACCCAUGCAGUGGUCUUAACAUUAUUAACAACAGGCAAGUAUUGUACAUGUAUGUUUAGGAACCACGUUGCUUAGCGACCUGUUUAUAUUUUAACAUGACUAUAGAUCGCUUGGCUUGAUGACUUUGGGUGAUUGCUCCACAACAGUUCCCCUUUGCAGUGGGGGGGGGAUAGAUUUAGCCUGGUUCCCCAGUCUGUUUGUGCCGUCAUACCAACUCCUUGUCGCUCACUGUCGUAUCAAACAUGUUGGGCUUGACAAGUACAGCAAGGAAAGUUGGCCAAGACCACAAACAGAUCUGGGGUCAGACUGAGGAGGAAAGAUGUAUUUAUUACCAGAUCAAUCACCAUAUAGGAAACCGUCUAACUACAGAAUGUUAAUUUCAGUUCAAUCAUAACCACUCCCUGAGAUUCAAGGCCCAAACUCUAUAACCUUUUACGUUCUCCUUAAAAGGAAUACCAGACAGGGCUGUGAGAAGACAGGUGAUUGUUACCUGAAUGGCAGUGGGGGGAAUUUAGGCCAACUUUUCUGUUUUAGUUCAUAUUGAUUUGAAAAAAUGUGAAACUAUUCAACUCAUUGUAAACACAAUUGAACAUGUGUAACAUUAGAUUUUGGUUAAAUAUCAUUUUCACUUCGCAACGUCUUGAUCAUCCCAUUUUGUAGAAGUCGAGUUUUCCUUUUUGCCAAACAAGAUGUAAAUUAAGUUUUAGGUUUUAAUUUGUUUAAAACACGGAAAUAGUUUAUAAAGAUUUAAGAAUUAUGUUUUUAGUAGGAAACAUUCUAACAAAUGACUUGUAAAUAGCCCAUCUUGGUUGAGUGGAGGCUUUAUAAAUAAAGGGUCAUAUAAACUACUUCUGGUUAGACUCCUCUACUGACUGUCAAUCAUCCUCUGUGUCCCAAAUGGCAUCAUAUUCCCUAUAUAGUGACCCUGGAAUAAAGUAGUGCACUACCCUAUAGGCCGCGGUCUAAUGUAGUACACUACCUUAUGGACCCUGGUCUAAAGUAGUGCACUACACUAUGGUCCGCGGUCUAAUGUAGUACUCUACCUUAUGGACCCUGGUCUAAAGUGGUGUACUACCCUAUGGUCUGCGGUCUAAUGUAGUACACUACCUUAUGGACCCUGUUCUAAAGUAGUGUACUACCCUAUAGGCUGCGGUCUAAUGUAGUACACUACCUUAUGGACCCUGGUCUCAAGUAGUGCACUUGCCUAUAGGUCGUGGUCUAAUGUAGUACACUACCUUAUGGACCCUGGUCUCAAGUAGUGCACUACACUAUGGUCCGCGGUCUAAUGUAGUACUCUACCUUAUGGACCCUGGUGCACUACCCUAUGUACCCUGGUCUAAAGUAGUGCACUACAUAGGGAAUAGGGUACCAUAUGAAACACUGUCUUAUUAAUACUGUAGAUUGUUCUGUUCAGUGUUUGCUGUUUUAAAUUAAUCUCUUGUAAACAUUGUCUUUGUGUGGCUUAUACAGGUGAUGUUGAAAUGACUGUUGGGCCCUUUUUUUUGUGCAGGGACGGUGAAACUGUAUGGAUUUGGGAUAUUUAUGUGAAACAAGGCUUUUUGUGCAGUUUAUUAAAUCCUCUCCUGAUUUAAA